AUGAACACAGCUACAAAUGAUACCAUAACUGGUGCAUCUGUUCUCCCCACCUCAAUACCAAUCCCAUCUUUUAUCGUCACUACUUACUCUUAUAUAUGGUACUGUUUUAAUGUUCUUUUAAUAAAAGUUCCUGGUGGUCACUAUGUAGUUGACUAUGUUAAAAAAUCCAUUAACGAUGAUCCAUACAGAACCAUGAUUGAAAUCAGUUUGAUCUUAUAUGGUAUUUACUAUUAUCUAUCAAAACCACAAAAAAAGAAAAGUCUAAGAUCUAAUAAACCCGAUUUAAGUGAACAGGAAAUUGAGCUAUUGAUUGAAGAAUGGGUUCCAGAACCUUUAGUCAAUGAUAGUCCAUUGGAUAUGAAAAAACAAGGUUGGAGACUCGAGAAGAUUCCGAUCGUACUAGAUGGUGGUAUUCGCAGCCAUAUUAAAGUGUCUCGUAACAAUGAUAAUGAAAUCUAUGACAACGUUUUAAAUUUAUCUUCAAACAAUUUUUUAAACAUUUGUAAUUCAGAAAGAGUUAUCAAUAAAGUCAAGGAGACUAUUAAAAAUUACGGUGUUGGUGCAUGUGGUCCUGCAGGGUUUUAUGGGAAUCAAGAUGUGCAUUAUAAUUUAGAAUACACAUUAUCUAGAUUCUUUGGCACUGAAUCUGCUGUUUUAUACGGUCAAGAUUUCUGUGUGGCACCUUCUGUCUUAUCUGCUUUUACAAAACGUGGUGAUGUCAUUGUAGCUGAUGAUCAAAUCUCUUUGUCUAUACAAAAUGCUUUGCAGUUAAGUAGAUCCACUGUCUACUAUUUUGAACAUAAUAAUAUGGAGUCUUUAGAUAAGUUAUUAUCUGAAUUGAAUGCAGCUGAAGCUCGUGAAAAUUUACCUGCUAUUCCACGUAAGUUUAUUGUCACAGAGGGUAUUUUCCACAACAGUGGUGAUAUUGCGCCAUUACCUGAUUUGGUCAAAUUGAAAUUGAAACAUAAAUUCAGACUAUUUGUUGAUGAGACUUUCUCCAUUGGUGUACUUGGUUCUCAUGGUCGUGGUUUGCCAGAAUACUUCGGUUUAAAAAGAGCAGAUUCUAUUGAUGUCACUAUUGGUAGUAUGGCUACAGCUUUUGGUUCCUCUGGUGGGUUUACCCUCGGUGACCAUGUUAUGGCUUACCAUCAAAGAAUAGGUUCUAAUGCAUAUUGUUUCUCUGCCUCCUUACCUGCAUACACUGUAGCUUCGGCUAGUGAGAUUAUUGAUAUUAUGGAAAAUGAUAACUCUGAAGUCACUAAAUUACAUAGAUUAUCUGAAAUCCUUCACAAUACAAUGACUAGUGACAAUGAAAAUAAUGAUUUAAAUAAAUAUGUCGUUAUCAAAUCCCACAAGGAUUCACCUGUUUUACAUUUAGAAUUGACUGCCCAAUUCAGGUACAAUAAAUUCCAUUACACAAAAGAUGAACUAUACGAUACUGUUUCUAAUUUACAGAAGAAAUGCUCCUCACAUAUCAUAUUUGAUCCGUAUGAAAAUGAGGAAAAAUUCUUACAAGCCAUUGUGGAUGAAGUAUUGACCAAAUAUAAUAUCUUAAUAACCAGAAACACUUUCUUGGUGAAACAUGAAACUUUACCAAUUGUUCCUAGUCUAAAAAUAUCUUGUACUUCAGAAAUUAGUGAAGAAGAAUUAAGUCAUGCAGUAAAACAGAUAAAAGAGACAAUCUUAAGACUUUGUUCAUCAUUAUAA